AAAUCAUCAACAGCGAUUAAUUAAAACUCGUUUUCUCGCUGAGCCCAAGCUGACCAAAACGGGCAGCUAUAAAAAGCGGCUGCCCCUCUGAUAUUUGUUGAAUUUCAUAGAACACACAACAAAACAAAUAAUGUUGAAUCAUAAAUUGCUGUGCUGCGCCUGCUUCCUGCUCCUGUUGGCCGCCAGCGGCAGCGCCAAUGAGCCGGAGCCGGCGGCGGAGCUGGUGAAGCACAUCAAUCAACAGAAUCUGGAUGGAGCGGGUCAGUACAGGCACGAGAUUGAGAUAGAUAAUGGCAUCAGGACAUCGGCCCAGGGCAAUGUGAACGGGGUGCAGGGUGAAUACGAUCUGCCCGGCGAGAAUGGGCCCAUACAUGUUACCUAUACGGCCGACUCCACGGGCUUUCAUCCGCAUGUUAAUUAAACUUGUUUAUAACAAAAACAAAAUACAUAUAUAAAAAUUGAACAGAAAACAAAAUGUGACACAAUUAAAUGAGGGGCGCAGUUGAAAUUUA